GGUUAAUCCAAAAUAAAAUAUUCACCCCCACUAACUACACUCUCAUGUUAAUUUCGUCUAUCAAGUUUAAUUUCAAAGAUAGGGAUUGGUAAAUAGGAUUUGCCAUCUUUCAAUGAGAUCACAGUUUAUUAGGGCAAAUGGGGGUUAGGCCGUCAAACGAGAAAAGAGACAAAAACAGAAGCUCGCGGGACAAGGGUCUAAGGAAUCCUCCUAUGAAAUCAUCUUCAUUAUUCAUUACCAUGAAUGUCAGAUAAGGAAGCUGUUCAAAAAGCAGAUAAGAAAGGGAAAAAAGAAAGAAAGAAAGGGCCCCUGAAAUAAAAGAAACCAAAACCCAAUAAAACUAAGAAGAAACCCCAAAAAAAAAAAAAAAAACUGUUCUAUCCUCUUCUCUUGUAUGGGAAAGUCACUUCCUUCCACGGGCAAACUCCUGGAACUCUCCAAAAUAGUCUCUUCACACAAACCAAGACACAAAAGAAGCAUCGUACCCGUUGUUCCAUCGCGGCCGAGUGAGGUCCGGGUUGACUCGGAGCGAUUGAAGGUGAAAAAGAUGGAAGAAAGUUCUCUUAUUUUGGAUGGCCAAAAACGGGUGCCAUUAGGCCAGGUUGUCUCUGAUUGUGCUAAAAGAUGGUUUGAAGAUACACUAAAGGAAGCAAAGACUGGUGACAUUUCCAUGCAAGUUCUUGUGGGUCAGAUGUAUUUUAAUGGCUAUGGCGUCCCUAAAGAUGUUGAAAAGGGAAGUGCUUGGAUUAGUAGAGCUUCAAAACGUCGAGCUUCAGUAUGGAAAGUAAGCAAUAAACGUCCAGGUUAUAAUGGAAGUGACUCAGAUUCAGAGGAUGACAGGAAAUAAGAUCAAACUUUUUUAGUCCUGGCAAAAUCACAAAUGAGAACACCUGUGGUAGAAACUCAUCCUUGGUACCGGUUCGCUUAAGAAAAUUAACCAUUACUGGAUGCAUAAUAACAAGUUCUAAAUUUUAUGGCAUGCUAAAUAAUGAUGGGUCAUGUUCAGCUUCAAUGGAUGCUCUUGCCAUGCAGCUGUUUUGUUCAUUCCUGGGAAAGCGUGAGAAGCACUGUUUAUUCCAUUGUUGCUUUGAAAACCACAAAUUAGUCGAAAAGUUCCUGAAGUAACGCCAUAGUGCUUAGGAUUAGGUGGUUUUAGGAGUAAAUAUCAACUGCUAUGAAGUUGCCUUGAGGAAUUAGGAUAUCUACUGGACUGGUAUAUCGCCUUUAAAACCAGUGCCAGGAAACAAGACAGAACAGCUUCUACUCUAUCACGUUUCCUAAUCCUCCUUCCACGCAUUGGAUACUAUAUUAAAAAAACUUUUCUUUCUAUGAAUACUUCAAGAUGCCAACUGAAUCUUAGAGUUUCCCCCUGACCCCUGCUAUGAUGAUCUAUCUCCAUAAUGUUUGCUUUAUUUUCCCGAGUUCUUAAUCUUAAGCUGAACUGUGAAACAGCUUUCCAGUAUUCAUUUUGACCUAUUUUACUCUAUUACGCCAUUGUUUCAUAUCUGAUAUUAUUUUCUACUGGCAAAUAAAGACAAAUAGAGAUGAUGCUGGGUAGAUCCAGGAAAAGUGAGGAAUUUCUGAGUGUUGAAUCUUUGCUCAUUCAUGAGGAUAAGUAAAUUUUGCUGACA